AUGGCAAACAAAUCAAAGAAGAAGAAGUCACACGGUCCGAAGGGACUUUCUAGCAAUAACGUCAAACCACUCCAGGUCUCUGACUCUGAGAAACUGCGUAAGAAUAACACCAAGGCAGCGGUGACCUCGUUCCAUGUUGAAGACACCGAUCGCGCUGGCCUACCUUCGCCACGACUUCCCAUAUCCGAAUCUUCCCAGUGCCUUAAGCAACACAAGCCCACUCAAGCGGACUCCCCGAAUGAAAAUUCAAUUCGAAGGCGUAUUCGAACCCUCACAUUAGGCUCGACAAAGACGCCCUCCGGUCUCAGACACAGCUGGGAAUUUAAGUCCUCCUCGGCCCAAAGCUCACACAUAUGGUCGAAUUCCUUUCGUGACUCCGUCUCAACACAAGAGAGCAACUCGCCGCAAGACAGUCCAGCUUCGGUUUUAACGAUUAUUCAGAAUCCGAAAGAAAAGGGACGAAUUGAUAGAACAUCCAGCUCUUCCAGUAUCCUGAAAUACAUCCGGUCACCGACUGAUUAUAUGAUGAUCGACCUCGAUUACUGCGAGGCCCAGGCAGCUAUGAACAGCAGUAGGCCCAACACAAGCGCCCCAAAAAUUGGGAAGAGCUCGUUCGAUGAACUGCUGGCCUAUGUCCGCCGCGUGACCAGAACCGAGAUUCGAACGAUAGUAGUCGAUGAACUCAAGGCACCUUGCAGACCGAACGAGGCCAGAAUCUGGGAUCAUAGAAACCUUUGGUGUGUCGAUUGCCAAGAAGUUGAUCAAAAGGCUGCCGAUGAGAACUUAAACAAGGAGGUAAUCAAACAGGCCAACCAUCUUGCAAGGAUCAUAGAAUAUCUCAGCAUCCAUGCCAAAGAUGUUAGCACCUUCUCGCAGUGUACCCUUCCCGACGGGUGUGGGCGUUACGUGUGCCCCAACUGCUGUGGUGUCUGUCCGAACGAGGUAUGCCGCGAUAUUCAAUGCAAGGAAUGCAAGCCGAAUGUUUGGGAGACCUGUGAUUGGCACAAUUGA